UGCGCGAUAUGAGGUGUAGCAAAUUAUUCAAUUAUCCUACACGAUGGAAGGUAACCGCUGCAUACCAGCAACUAUUCCCUUUUAUACUCCAGCCCAAUUUUAGCAUCAUUUUUAAUGCAAUCGCAUUUCAAGAUACAUUCAAAAUAAAAAUUGGUUCCAACUUGAGUAAACCAUAAUAGAUUCUGUAGGUUGAAAAUUACUCAAACUAGCUACUAUAGGAACAAACAAUGCCGAAGUUCCAGCCCAAUAAAAAACAAUUUAUUUUAACCUUCGCAAGGAAUUUUCUUGGAAUUUCACUAUGGAUACCAGCUUUUUUAUUCAUUGAACAACACAUAUUCAGUAUUGGAAGCAUUGAUGGCAGAUCUAUGAAACCGACACUAAAUCCGGAAACAAAUUUCUUAAAGCGUGACAAGGUUCUUGUCUGGAAAUGGAACAAAAGUUUUGAAAGGGGGGAUGUUGUUAUAUUAAGAUCACCAGAGGAUCCUCAAAAGCUUCUUGUUAAGCGUAUACUUGCAGUUGAAGAUGAUUUAGUAAAAACACGUCCCCCGAAAAGUACGAGAUUCGUACCAAUUCCGGAAGGGCAUGUUUGGGUGGAAGGUGAUGAACAGUUUCAUUCUAUCGACAGUAAUAAAUUUGGACCAGUUUCGACUGGCUUAAUAACUGCAAAAAUCAUAGCUGUUGUUUUUCCAUUUUCCCGAAUGAGACGCAUCGGUAACGAUGACAUGAGAAAAGAUGCUUUAGUUAUAAAAACUGAUUUCGAUUAGUCGAAAGCUCACGGUUCUUUCAGUUGGCUCAAUAUUAUUUAAUUUUUGUUUCGUGCGUGAGACUUGAUUUAUUUAUUAGACGUUAGGCGGCGUUUCAGAACGUCGGAACUAAUCGGCAGAGGUUGACUUUGAAAAACGGUACUCUUUUUAUGAACUAAAGAUUGCUUUCUGCUUAUCUAUUCUGCUUUCAGGCAUGGAUUGACUGACGAUUUCAGGAUUCAUCAUCCAUUAAGGGUAUCAGCAUAAAUGAAGAAGGAUGUCCCACGGCUCACACAACUUUCGGUACAUCCUACACAUACUUUUCGAAGAAAUCAUGUUUACGGCGGAGUAUAUUGUUUGUGGAGGUUUGUAGGAUGCUAUCAAAAGACUGGUAAUUUUUGGUUUGUGAUUAUCUCAAGGAUUUCAAAUCAUUUACAUAAAAAUAAAGAUACACUAGUUAUGCCAGUGUAUAUUCUUUUUGUCUUUUUGUUCGUUACUGUUGAUUCAUGAAGCAAUACUAUAUUAUUAUAUUAUUCUGGAUAAAAGGAUUCUAAUAAAAUGUGACGAUAUUAGUUUAUGUUUGGAAUUUAGCAAAAAAAAUUGGACAAUUGUAGGCAUAUAGAUAAUAGUUAAGAAAGACUUAAAUUUCAAUGCUUG